AGAGGCGACGGAGCUGUCAAACACCAACAAUCGUCUGAAAUAUUAUCCCGGGCAGUACUGAAAACACCGUGCUUUGCUCUUUUUGUAGAAGAGCCACGAAAGACGCAGACUUCGAGGUAACUUUGAGAAACCAGCCGUUGGACUUUUGAAUGGUUUGGACGAGAAACUUCCUGUUUUAUGUGUUUUGGUGGAUCUUGGCUCGAGUUUUGUUGACAAACUAGCCAGUCAGCUAGUCCCUCCGCUAGCUACGUUUCUCCAACUUUGCUGCCUCUGGGGACGUUUGCUAUUUCGUUUUUGAUAAAUGCCAAAGGGAAAAAGCAUGGAACCCAGCUUGAAGUGUUGGUCCAAAGGUCUCCUCGAAACAAAAACCGGACUCCGAGGUGUUCACACACAACGUUCAAAAAUGUGAAACCCCCGUAUCUUGGCUGACUCUCCCCGUUAGAAGCAGAAAGAACUGGAUGAGUUGGAAACACCUUGGAUCCGGCCAGGGUGCAUCACCUGGGUCAUCCUCAGUGCAUUUCUAAACCGCAGUAUAUGUGUGUGACACAUUUUCUCCCAGGACACAAACUGAAUCAACCCUGUGCUGCCGCGGAGCUCUCGGCAUCAUUAAAACCAUCCAGUCCUCUUGUCAUGUGGGUACAGUACAGGAAAAGGCCCAUAUUACCCUCACUGGUGUCCCGAUACUCCACAUCACCAUGGACCGGAAUAAACGCAACUCCAUCGCUGGGUUUCCUACACGAACUGAGCGAAUCAAUGAGGAUAGAGAUGGUGUCGGAGGGGUAGGGGUCAGUGAGACGGGCAUGGGUCCACCUCCACAGGUGGGCAAGGUGUGGCCGUCAUCCUACAGAGCCCUUAUCAGUGCCUUUUCUUGCCUCACACGCCUUGAUGAUUUCACCUGCGAGUGGAUCGGCUCUGGAUUCUUCUCUGAUGUCUUCAAGGUUCGUCAUCGAGCUUCAGACCAAGUCAUGGCUCUGAAGAUGAACAAGCUGAGCAGCAACAGAGCCAACAUGUUGAGAGAAGUUCAACUAAUGAACCGGCUUUGUCAUCCAAACAUACUCAGGUUCAAAGGAGUGUGUGUCCAUGAGGGCCAGCUACACGCUCUGACAGAGUACAUCAAUGGCGGAAACCUGGAGCAGCUUCUCGACAGUAACAAACACCUGAGUUGGCCCACGAGGGUGAAGCUGGCUUGUGAUAUUGCCAGCGGUCUGGCCUACUUGCACUCCAAAGGCAUAUUCCACCGGGACCUCACCUCCAAGAACUGUCUGAUUAAAUGUGACGACAACGGCUACACUGCAGUGGUGGGAGACUUUGGCCUGGCAGAAAAGAUACCAACAAAUCUAGCGGAGCGAGAGAAGCUCUCUGUGGUUGGCUCUCCGUUCUGGAUGGCUCCAGAGGUGCUGAGAGACGAAUCCUACAACGAGAAGGCUGAUGUGUUCUCCUAUGGUAUAAUCCUGUGUGAGAUCAUAGCAAGGAUUCAGGCUGACCCCGACUUCCUCCCACGCACAGAGAACUUCGGCCUGGACUAUCACACGUUCCAGCACAUGGUCGGAGACUGCCCACCUGACUUCCUCCAGCUGGCUUUUAACUGCUGCAAUAUGGACCCUAAACUCCGUCCAUCCUGCGUGGACAUCGUCAGGCAUCUUGAGGAGAUUCUCGCUCGUCUUAAAGUUGAAGAACUGGUGAACGAAUGCGUCCCUCUCAGCGUGGACAACGACAAGAAGAGCAUAGCUAAAGGUGAGAAGAUCCAGGGCUUCAAGCGGCUGAACCCUCUCGGUUUCCAGGAUGAUAAAAUCCCCCCAAAAUCCCCUCGCCCCAGAAGAAACAUCUGGCUCAGCCGCAGCCAAUCAGACAUCUUCUCCUGCAAACCAGGAAGAAAAGUUAAUGUCCAGGACCCUUAUUAUAACCCUCAACGAGCCUCCAAAGUUCGAAAAAUCAACCCGUUCACUGCCAGAGAGGACCUGUGUGGGGGAAAGAUCAAGUUCUUCGAUGUUCCCAGCAAGUCUGUGUUCUCGUUAGUGUUCGACCUCCACUCUCCUCCGGGGAGCGUGUUCAGUAACCAGCCGUCUUCUCACGGACCAGGCGGACCCCAGCAGGAGGCGUCGUAUUACUGGCAGCAGCUGCCAGGGAGACAGUGUCACUCAUUACCGGUGUCGCCUCAGCUGCCUCGCUCUGAGGCGUUUAACCUGGCUGCUGCUCUGAGCUCCAUUAACAACGGCUCUAUUACCUGCAACUCAGGCCAGCUCUCCACCACGCUGCCAGCAGUGAACUCUCGGUCAGACGCAGGCCAGAUGGGAAACGACAUCAAAACGAAGGCUCCUCUGAGCGGCUGGGCCAAGAAAUACGUCGUGGUAGAGAUCCCGCCUUACUGCAGGCAGAGAGGAGGGGAGCAGGACGGGGAAAUGGAGGGGAGUAAUGAGGGAAACGGGGAAGAUGUGUUCGGGGAGAGCUGGUCUCCGAUGGUCCCCAGCAGUGAGAGAGACAGUGGUGAGGCGAUGGACUGCUCCAGCAGCUUGGAGGAAGAGGAGGAACGAGAGAGAGGGACAGAGACCUGCUCCAUGUAAAUCCACUCACAUGGGGUGGAGGUAGUGGAUUUAGACUCACAGGGGGGGUGUUUAACCCUUUAAAAGAGGAAAAAGAGAUAGCAGGGACUACUUCAGACUGGACACAUUUCAAAGAUUUUGGAGAAUCAAAUGUAAAAAGAGGAAAGAGCACUUGAUUUUGACCUUUCAGGUGAAUGUAUCACGUUAAAAUCAAACACACCUGAUGUAGAGAUGUUAUCACACAGGUGUGACGGGACAAGCCCACCCAACAGAGCUUCUAUCCACAAGAUGGACACUCUGCAUAGAGAUUAUUUUUUUGAAAAGGUUGUUUAUAUUUAAUAUUGAUGUAGAUUAUUUUCUUGACAAAGUUUCUUAUAUUAGACAUCUUGUCGGUGUUGAGGGGUGUUGAAGUUCUUUUGUGUCGUGUACGUGGGUGUUUUAAAUCAGCCCUUGUGUUUUGAUACCUUCUCCUCGUCUUCUUUGUUAGAAAAGUGUUUGUACUAAAUCAAAAGCAGCCAAUAUUUUGUGAUUAAUGAGACAGUGCCGAGACAUCCAUGUGAGGAAAUUAAACAUUGUUGAUAAUAACUCAGUGCCUCAAAAGCAAUUACAAACAGAUCCUUACACAAAUAGUGCCAGCAGUUCUACAUUUCUCCUACAGCUGAUUUAAAGGGAACUCUGCCUAGCAACAGCAAUAGUGUAGGAUUUUUGAAAUUCUGUUACAUGUAAUUGUUAAGUUCUGAAAGCUGUUUUUGAUUUGUCUAAAAGGUCAGGGGAUUUUUGCAUUUUGAAGUUGAUUUUCAGAAGUCUAAUUUUUGUCUUUUUGGACAUUUCAUGUUUUCAACGCAAUCACAACUCUUUGGACACACAUGCUUGUUUCAAAUGAUUAUUUGUCCAAAUAAUCUUAAAGUGUGUAGUGAUAGAACAAUUAUUUUAUGGCUCCCUGACUCGAAUCAUUAAAAAACAAACAAAAAAAGUGUAAACGCAGCUAUACCCUCAUCUCGGCCUGGAUUUAAACCCAUAUUCUUUUCCUCACUCUUUGAUUUUUGCUGCAACUGUAAUGCAGCCAGGCCAGCCAGGUGAGGAUUUCAAAGGUCCACCAUGUUUGUUUUUCUUCUGAAGUCACAUUUGAUCACUGUUGAGAUUGUUACUGCAGAUGGCUGCUGUGUGGUCUCAGUCUGCAUAGUUUAGAGAAUUAUUAACCUUGCAAAGCAGAUGGAUAUGCCCUGUUUCCUUAUUUUUCACUGGCGAAUCCAUCUUGCAAAGCUUGUGUCUGAACCGGUUGGGCCCAGUUAGAAAGUGACAGAAAAAUCAG